AUGCCGACGUGCGUUUUCUCAGGACCUCCACCGCAGUCCACCGUAGUUGCGCGACAGCAGGAGCGGGGCCACCUCGGCCUCCGCGAGGAGCCCGCCGCGGGAGCAGGACGGACGCUGGUCUUGCUGCACUGCCACGGCAACGCUACCGACAUAGGCAUGAUGAUGGGCCCGUACCUCGAGAUGUCCAACCAGUUCGGUGUAGAGGUGGUGGGCGUCGAAUACAGCGGCUACGGCAUGUCCUCCGGCACUCCGAGCACCCGAAAGCUUCACGGCGACAUCGAGGCUGCAUACAACCACGUCAUCGCUUCGGGUGUGCCACCUGAGGACAUCGUGGCUUACGGACAGAGCGUCGGGAGCGGCCCGGUGCUGAGCCUGGCCUCCAAGCGGAAGCUGGGCGGCGUCGUGUUGCACUCGCCGAUGCUGUCCGGCAUCAAGGUCAUCGACCCGGAUCCGGACAAGUGCUGCUGCAGACCGUCCUGUUGUUACCGGUGCUUCGACUUCUUUCCCAACGACGAGAGGAUCAGAUCCAUCGGCUGCCCCGCGUUUGUGAUCCACGGGCAGCAGGACGAUAUCAUCCCGUUCUACCACGGCCAACGGCUUGCCGAGGCCACGCCGCUGAAGCAGAG